AUGCUUUAAAAAGCUUUAGUUUAUUAUCUAUUAGAUGAUAAUCCAAUACAAAUAUCUGACCUUUUUGGUAUCAAAAAUUCUAGAAAACAAUAUCAAAUAACUUAAACUAAAUUUUUAAGAACUUCUAAUUUGAAGCAAAUUAUUAUCCAAUAAAAAAGGAACAAUAGUUUAAAUAUAUAAAGAAAAAUAAAAUCCUCUAAUCCUGCAACAACUCCAAAAUAUUUUUUAAAUAAUCGUUCUACUGAUUACAGAUAUUUAGAUCAUUUAGAAAUUUUUCAAUAAAAAAGAAUUAAUCUCAAUCAAAAUACUUAAAAUUAAAAUAAACCCUAAUUGUACUUUGGAAUCAAACAUUAAAUGUUUAAAGUAAUUAAUCUUAUUAUUCAUAUAGGCAAAAAUUCAAUUGCAACAAAGAAAGCUAGAGGAUAUGUUCUGA